AUCCUUAAAAAAUGCCUUUUGAAUGUCCUCAAGAAGUUAUUGACGACUUUGAAAAAUUAUUUGAAAAUGAGGAAGAAUAUGAUGUUAUUAUUUACGCUGGUGAAAAUGAAAAUGUAAAAGAAAUUCACGCACAUUCACUUAUAUUACGUACAAGGUCUCAAUAUUUCUAUGCGGCCUUUUCUAAGAAAUGGUCUGAGAAAAAGAAUGGAAAAUUUAUUUUUAGGAAACCAAAUAUUUCUCCUCAAAUUUUUAAAUUGAUUUUAAGAUUUAUUUAUUGUGGAAAGAUUGAUUUAGAAAAAUUACAAGGACCCGAUAUUUUAAAACUUUUGAAUGCAGUUGAUGAGAUUAAUAUUGAAACCUUAACCAAAUACAUUCAAGAAUACUUGACUGAACAUCAAGAUGAAUUUUUGCAACAAAACCCUAUUGAAAUUUUUGAAGCGGUUUAUCAAAAUGAAUCAUUCCCAAUUUUAUGGGAUCUUUACCUAGAAAAAAUUUGUGAUAACCCUGAAAUAUUAUUUAAUUCAGAUAAGUUCAUCACUUUAAAAGCACCUUUAUUGGAGUUACUUUUUAAAAGGGAUGAUUUAUCAUUGGAUGAAAUUGUUAUCUGGGACAAUUCGAUUAAAUGGUGUUUUGCUCAACAUUCUAAUGUUUCACAAGAUCCCGAACAAUGGAAUAAGGAUGAAAUCACAAUAAUGGAGAGAACUAUUCAAAGGUUUAUUCCGUUAAUAAGAUUUAAUCAUAUCUCCUCAGAAGACUUUAUCAUUAAAGUAUAUCCUUUUAAAGAAAUAAUACCAAAGGAACUGGUUAAAAACACACUUACAUAUCACAUGGCUCCAAAUAAGCAAUUAAAUGUGAAUUUACAACCUCCCAGACAACGAAAAUAUAUUAACGAUUCUAUUUUACUUAGGUCUCAACAUUUUGCUAUUUUUUCUAGUUGGAUUGAGAAGAAAAAUGAUUUUCAUUAUAACGUAAGGAAUAUUCCUUAUAAUUUUAAUUUACUUUAUCGUGCUAGCAGGGACGGUAAUUUAGCUGAAAAUUUUCACUCUAUAUGUGAUAAUAAAGGGGCUUCUAUAGUUAUAGUAAAAAUUUCAAAUUCGGAACAAAUUGUCGGAGGAUAUAAUCCACUUUAUUGGCAUUCGGGUAACACAUUUAUGACUACUUAUGAUAGUUUCAUAUUCUCAUUUGCAAAUAAUAAUAACUUCCAAAACGCGAAGGUAGGUUACAGUAAUGGUGCAAAUUCUGUGUGUGGUUUUGCAAGUAAUGGUCCAGCAUUCGGUGGUAAUAGUGGUUGUCAUUUAGCUACUGCUGGAAGAUCAGGCUAUAUUUGGUCCAGCGAUGCUAGUAUAAAUAACACAGCUUUUCCUGAAAUUGGUAUACCAAAAAAUGAUUUUGAUGUUGAUGAUUAUGAAGUUUUUCAAGUUGUUAAAAAAUAGUCAGAUUAACAUAUUGCUUUAAUUUUAUUAAAUUAUUUGGUAAAGAUAAUUAUUUAUAAAUUAGUUAAGUUCAUCAAAGGAUAAAACUCAAUCACAAUUUUACAGUAUAUGAAUGAAGUACAUAUCAUAUGCUUUUGUUAUUUUAUCUAUAUAAUUAUCAAGUUUAAAAUCACAUGAAAUAAUAAAUGAAAAUUAAAAGCUCU